UGCGUACAGAGUUAAACUCUUGACGUGAAGUCUUCAUGACUGUUAAAGUAGUCAUUCUGAGCUGCUCAUGUUUUCAUUGUUUCUUAUAUGAGCUUGUUUUUUUUCUGGAUAUGUCUGAACACUAGUCGUGAUGGGGAUGAGCGUUGUUUGGCUGGUGCUUGUUUUUUCUGUCAGUUUGGUUGAAGCAACAGGAUGCAUACCUACAACCAGCCCACAGUGUUACAAAAAUUCAACUGGACCUUCAGAAGACUUUACUUGUAGAUGGGAGGACAGAAACAUUGAGCAGAAUACAAUGUACACCCUCUACAUAUUCGAAGGGAAAACAUUCGUUUUGCAGGAAAAAACCAACCAGAAAGAAAAAUAUCUUUGUUUGGAGCAACUAGGAACCAUCUAUAAAAAUAUGGAGAUAUGGGUACAGAGACAAGUGGGCAACCUUACCUGUAAUUCUACUAAAAAUUCUGUCAUCUUUGAAUGCUUAGCCAAAUACAGUAAACCUCAGAUUACCGGCAUGACAAGGUCAGAUGGCAUACUGAAUCUUACACUGAGCAAACCCAAGGAUAACAAAAGUGUUAUAUACGUGAUCAGGUGGAGGGAAAUAGGAGCUGAAUGGCAAAAUGAGACUUUUGAAACUGAGGAAAGCACUUUCCAAGACUUCUACACGCUACGGCUACAAAAGCAGGCUGUUUACCAGGUCCAGCUGAUGCGACAGAGCAAACCGUUGUUACCAGCAUGUGAGUCCCAACAAGCCCUCUGGAGUGACUGGAGCAUCAUGGUGGACGUUCCCAUAGAAAUUCGCCUUCCACCUAAAGUACACUGGAAAGAAACACAAAACACUCAAAGCAGGGAUGUUCACCUCAUGUGGGAUGCUCCACCUGCUGAAGAGUCUGUUGGAGGGGUAACGUAUAUACUGAACAUGUCACAUUGGCCUUGUCAUAAACCCAAAACACUCAAAGCUGUCAAUCGAACGUUCAACACCUCAAUAACAUUUUCUGAGGCUUGGGUGUCCAUCAUCGCAAGGAACCAGGUUGGGAGUUCACCACCCCAACUGAUUACCAUCCCUGCUGUGAAACAUUUAAACCACUGCCCCAAACACCAAGGAAAUUCAAACAAGAUCGAGAAAACCUGUUUGGAAUGGUACAAGCUGGAAGAUGGUGAGACGCGACCGCAAGCCGUAAAUACAUCAAGAAAAAAAAUGGUCAAUGACAUUGAAAACGAGGUGGAAAACUUUGUACGCCAUUAUUACUUUCUUCACAUCAGAAAGAGUGGAACAUAUCAGACUGUUGCCAUGUGUCCUUUUUACUCGCAGGAGGGAGUGCCUAGUAAAGGUCCAGACAACGUGUUGUUUUUUAACGUGACACACGAGUCGGCCGUGGUGAGCUGGCUUUCCAUUCCUGUGGAGAAUCAGCGUGGCUUUCUGCAACAAUAUCUCAUCUGGAUAUCAGGACAAGAAAACACAACGCACCAUCGGUUACCAACAAAUGAAACAAGUUUCUUGAUCAAGAACCUCCACCCAGGAGCGUCUUACACGGUUUCCAUAGCCGGACGCACAAACGCUGGUGAAGGGCCGAACUCGACGGCGAACUUUGAAACCCCGUCAAUAAGAACAGCCUUAUCACAGCAGGACCAGACCAUCCUGAGCGUCUGUGUGCUUGGCCUCUUGUGUACUCUUAUAUGCUCAGUGGUUUUCAGAAGGUUUAGGAGUAAACUAUUACCAGCGGUACCCAGUCCUGUGAUCCCUGCAACAAAAUCCAUUUUUCGACAUGAUGAGAGCCUGAGCCAGCAGACGGAGGAAGUGCACGAGGUCGUUCUUCUGCAGCUUCAAGAGCACAACAAACAGCCCCAAAACACGACCCCUGAACAGAGUACUUUACUGCAAGACUUUGGACUGGUUAUCUUUGAAGAAGAGGACGAGGAGGAUGAGGAAGGAGUUACUGACUUAAGCUCUAUGAAAUCCUGUUGCUAUCCGAAUCCUAGUUACAGAGGACAGAUGCUGCAUAUGUCAGAUCCAAUCCACACGACCGAGAUCAUUUUUAAAGAGAACGACACCGAAUCCACGUACAGAAACGGCAUGUUCUUUGAUACAAGAGUCGUGGAGUGUGAUGAAACAUCAUUUUAGUCAUGAAAGGGACCGCCAGGCCCAUCUUGUGCGUAAUGAUUUUGACAAACUUUUUCUAUGCAAUUUGCCAUGUGCAGUCAGUAAAACAUUUCUGAAAAUGUU